UAUUUUAAACACUCCAUGUACAAAGUUUUCCUUAAAUCCCUCAAGGCUCAUUUAAAUUUACUGUAUCCAUUUGAUUUUAUUAAACCCAAACGGGUACAUAAUAAAACCCUAACCCUACCAAAUAUAUGCAAAACUUCACAACGUUAUUUCCUCCUUUGCCGUCGUUUGGGUCGUGCUGCUGUAUACUGUAUUCCACGGGAAGGGCUUCUCUUUAUACAUUUCGUUGAAGAUUUAGGUAUUUCAGAGAUCUUAUCCAUGGCGGACAGUGAUGUUGCUGAGAAACCUGCUCCAGCAUUGGGGGAGCCCAUGGACAUCAUGACAGCAUUGCAGCUUGUGUUGAAGAAAUCACUAGCUCAUGAUGGGCUUGCACGGGGCCUCCAUGAGGGUGCUAAGGCAAUUGAGAAGCAUGCAGCUCAGCUCUGUGUGCUGGCAGAGGACUGCAAUCAGCCAGAUUUUACCAAGUUGGUUCAAGCUUUAUGUGCGGAUCACAAUGUCAGCCUGAUCUCCGUGCCUAGUGCAAAGAAGCUUGGUGAAUGGGCUGGGCUUUGUAAGAUUGAUUCGGAGGGAAAAGCCAGGAAGGUUGUUGGCUGUUCAUGUGUGGUUGUAAAGGAUUAUGGUGAAGAAUCAGAGGGCUUGAAUGUCAUUCAGGAAUAUGUUAAAAGUCACUAGACUUAUUCCAGUUUUGCUGUGAAGGAUCAUUUAUGUGCUUGGCUUGUAAUAGUGCUUCAGCUUUAGAUAAGCAGAAGCCAAUCGACUCCUAGGUACCUGGGUCCCAAUUAUGCUAUUCUAUGUCAUGCUUCUUGGAACAAACUUCAGAGUUAUAAAAUUGAUUUUUUUUUCAAAAA